AUGGCGCUCCACCAGCUCUUCACCUUGGCGUUUGCGCUCCACCUCGAGCCCUUGCCCACGCUCGACUACGCCACUGUGCCCUACGUCAAGGACCCCGCACACAGCUCCGAAUCGCUCCACGAGACCGACAACCUCCGCGUCGGCGCCAACACCAAGCUCGAGCCCAUCCACACGCGCCAUCUUCCGCACUCGGUCGACACGCUCUCUUUCCUCCUCAACCAUACCCGAGCCGUCGACGCCGUCGAGCCCUUUGCAAAGCUCAUCGAGCUGCUCGAUGAUGCAGACGACGAUCCAGAGUUUCGCAACCUGCGCGACUUUUUCGAUGCCCGCUACAACCAAGACGGAUCCUUGACCGGCGCUGACAAGGAGCCCCGUCGUCGCAUCCGCAGCGUAUCGCGAGCCGCUUCCACCAAGCAGCCUGGUCGGCGCCCCAGCCAGCCUACAGACGCGCGCAAGUCGUCGUUUGCAACCAGCCUCGGUGGCGCUAGCGCGCUCAAACUCAGCUGGCUCCGACGCAGCAACAACCCCGGCUCCCAGAAUCACGAUGCCUCGGACGACGAAGACUCGCACUCGAGGGUAUCCAGUAGCGGCCACACAGCCCAUCCCCCACCACCCACCGCUCCCUACAUCCGCCUGGCCAAACCCAAGCCCUCGUCGUCUCCCGCCAGCUCCACCUCGUCGUCCUCGCACCGCGACGCCGAAUCGUCUGCCACCAUCACGUUCCGUGUUCGCCUAGAUCUUCACGCAGUAGGCCUCGCUCCACCGCCGCCCAAGCCACGGUCCCAACGACACUCGGACGCAAGCGCGCUUAGCUUGCAGCGCACCAGCUCCGCCAAGUCCGCAACCUCGUCCGAUUGGAGACGACGCAGACCACGCAAUUCGAGCCUCUCCAGUGGCGGCGCCGCCUUGAGGCCCGUCACCAGCCCGGACAGCCUCGCCUCGUUCGGCGCCGUCUCCUCGAUCGCCAACGGCCUCUCGGAUCAGCAGCUGGCUUCCAUCUCCACCGCACAAGACGCGCAGACAGCCGCAAAGAGAGGCCUCAGUCUUCCACCCGAAGCCAUCGACACCAACCUUCCCAGCAUCACAGAGGGUACCGUCUCGAGCCCCACACAGCUUACCGGCCACAGCGAGAGCGUCAGCCCCACCACACCGCAGCAGCCUGCCUCGCCAACUACACCCACCAAGCCCGCGCGCCGCCCCUCGAUGAUGGCCAAGAUCCUCGAAUUUGGUCGCAAAAAGUCGUUCCUCGAUCGGUCUACCGGCGAUGCGCACGAAGAUGCGGCCGACUCGAAAGCCAGUCCACAUGCCUCGGAUGCUACGACACGCCGUUCGAGCUUCCGCUCGGGAUUCCGCCAGCAGACGGCGGACCAGACACCUUGCAACGACGAAGCGAUCGACCUGGACGAGUACGACGAUGAUGCGGCGGUGCGUGCUCAGAUGAUGCGCAGCAGUGCCAAUGGUGUCAGCGCGCAGAGCCGGCGUCGCUCAUCGGCAGGCAGCUCCACUCGCGAUGCAGCCUUCCUCAGGCAUGCUCCGCACGAUCUGCGUCCCGUGCAGGAGGGCGGCAUGCUCGACCUCACCACCGUCUCGUCGCGCUCCAGUAUCGGCACCUCGUUGUCCGAUGCCAUCCCGGAAGACUCUGCCACGGGCACCUUCUCGGCAGAGCGCACGAGCAAGUCGCCCUCCCGCACGCGGCAGGCGGCGGCUUUGAACGAAGGUCACGACUUUUUGUCGCUCUUCCGCGCCGCGUCGAUCCUGGGCCUCAAGUCGAUCGACGAUGAUGAUGUCCCUUCGAACACCCCUAACGGCGAUGAUCUGUCCACGCCUGGACUCGACGGUGAGCUGCGAUCGCCACGUCCCACUCCGACGCAGUUCGAAACGAGCAGCGCCAAUUCGCCCUCGAUCCGCACGCCGCAGGUACAUCCAAAGCGUACCUCGCUUCCCGGCACCCCGGGGCGCUCGGUAAGGUCGCUCGACCUCGACCGAUCGCCUCGACCGCCGUCGUCGGGUACCAACCCCAUCGACGCCAACUUUAAGCUGGGUGCCUCACUGGCCAACAAGAGCGGCGGCGACGAGGACGAGGCGUGGUGGCCGUGUGGUGAUGUGGACCCGCUGCCGAUCAGCAUCUCGAGUGCGUUCGGCCAGGCGCUGGGGUGGGAGGGCAUCAUGCACCUGUGCUACGGCAAGGGUAGCCGUGCCGAAGAGGACGGCAAGUACGUCGCGCUUGGCAAGGCUGCGGCGCUGGAUCAGGCGACCAAGGUGCAGGAGCGCAACGUGCUUGCGUGGCGCACGGGCGUUGCUAGCGCUGGCACUUCGCCGCCCAAGCCCGAGGCUCCGAUGUCGAUCCACGAGCUCGGGGCGGCGGAUGCUGCAGUGCUGGACGGCAACUUUGCACAGAAGCUCAACUUGGACUCUGCACAUGCGCUGCCGGAUACGACCAAGACGUCGGCGGUGCUGGAGCGGUUACAGGCCAAGACGCCACAGCGAUCCACGACCGAGCCGCCCGCCGGUAGGAACGAGUGGCAGCAGGCGUCGCUGCUGUUUGGAACGCGCGUCAAUCAUGCGCGCACGUGGGAGCACUGGCGUCUGCUGUUCAAGAGCAUCAAGGGCUGGAUGGACGAGUACGAGAAGACGCGCGUGCGCUCGGGUUUGGCGCGCGAGAUUGGGCUUGAUCGACCCGUCGAUCCACCGGCGCGCGAUGAAGACGGUGAUGCAAGCGUCCUCCUCGCCGCACCGAUCGACAUUGAGGGAGGGUCCGAGUUGCAUGUGCCGGUCGUAGGUUCGCCACCAUCGCAUGCGCACGUGCUCAAGCUCGCACGCGACAAGGUGGACGUCUCGACGAUAUCGCGCGUGCUGGGAACAUCGCUUAGCGUUCCACCGUGCGUGUUGGCGGACGCAACCAACCGCGCACACGGAUUCCGUCGUCGAACCGGCAUCCCGGAAGGACUUCCACUCGGUCCUGGCGACGAGGAGGCGAUCGAAUAUACGUGGUCGCGCAAACAGCUUUCGGUCGAACACUUUGCAACCGCGCUCACCAUCAGUACCGACAGCGCCCUGCACUACUUUGCCCAGCUCAGUGCGGGCAAUUGGUUGCAUCGGUCGGCAUGGGAGUUGGACUACCUCGAAAUGUGCGUCUUCAAAUCGCCGCUCGUGGCGGAUCGAUUCCCACCCCCGGGUGAAGCGGUUGUAGAAGCUUCCCAGUCGUACAGGGCGCGAGAGGGCGAGGAGGAUCGGUCGAGACUGUGUCCGAAUCCGGACGAGCGCGGCGCGUGGGAUCCCGAUACCUGGAAGACGUGGCUGGCGGGGAUCAGGGAGGGCGAUAUCAUUGUGCCGGCCGUGGCGUGGCAGGCGUGGUGGACACUCAUCUCGGUGCUCAACGGCGCGGAUCGUUCGGGCAGAGCGUAUGAUCUGCAGGUCAAGACCAUGGACGAGCCAUUUGAGGCCCUCACCGAUCUCAAUGCCGUGUAUCUCUAG